AAAUUACCAAUCAAUGCUACAAAUGUCCUGUAUCUCUUUGACCCUCUCUUCUUUUGAUCUCUGAGUUCUCUUUCCUUUUCUUUUUUUCCUUCUUAUCUGUCUGAUACCAAUUCUUUCCUUGUGCUUGAGAAUGGAAGAAACUGCUGGGAAUGCUGUUUUAGAAGUUGGAAAGUGCUUAAGUGCUCCGAUUGGCCGUCAGUUUAUGUACUUGUACAACUACAAUACCAACUUUCACAAUCUUAAAAAAGAAGCUGGAAAGCUGAAGGAUGCAAGAGAUGAGGUGAAGGCUAAGGUUGUUGCUGCUGAAAAUAAUGUGGAAAAGAUCAAACAGACUGUUAAAGACUGGCAGGGGGAUGUGGAUUCCACCAUUGAAGAAACAGACAAGCUGAUUCAAGAGAAAUCAAACAGCAGUUGUUUCAACUUGAUCACUUACUACAAAAAUGGCAGGAAAGCAUGGAAAAAGCUGAACGCUAUAACUGAACUUCUUCAGGAAAAAGUAACAUUUGCUCAGGUUUCUCUUCCUACCGCUCACGAAGUCAUUCGGCUCACUAACAAAGAUUAUGAGGAAUUUGAAUCAAGAAGGUCAGUUUUCAACAAUGUGCUGAAGUCAUUAGAUGAUCCUGAGGUUGGAAUUAUUGGGGUUUAUGGAAUGGGUGGAAUUGGUAAAACCACACUGGUCAAAGAAGUUGGUCAUCAAGCCAAGAAAAACCAUUUCUUGGAUGAGGUGGUUUUCGUAGAGGUAUCUGAUAAACCAGAUACUAAAAAGAUUCAAGAUGAACUUGCGAAUCAGUUAGGUGUGAAAUUUGAUACGGAGGCUGAACGAGUGAGCAAGUUGAAUGCGAGACUGAAGAAUGAUAAGAAAGUGCUUGUAAUUUUAGAUAAUAUAUGGGAACGAUUAGAUUUGGAGGCUCUCGGUAUUCCUUGUGGAGAUGGCCGUGGGGGAUGUAAAUUAUUGCUGACAGCAAGAAAUCGUAAUGUAUUAUGGAGUAUGGAUUCCAAGAAAGAUUUCUCGAUGGGUGUCUUAAAGGAAGAAGAAGCUUGGAGAUUGUUUAAGAAGAUGGCAGGUGAUGUUGUUGAUCAAACAAAUAAGCUGAAUACUCUGUCGAAUGAUGUGUGCAACGAAUGUCGAGGUUUGCCAAUUGUCAUUACUACAAUAGCAAGAGCAUUAAGGAAUAGGAGACAUCAAUCUCAAUGGAAAGAAGCCUUGCGAGAGCUAAGAAUGCCUUCUCCAACAAAGUUUGCAGGCUUGCUAGAAGAGGAAUAUUCAAAGAUAGCAUUGAGUUAUAAUUAUCUAAAAGGUGAUGAGCUCAAGAAAAUUCUGCUAAUCUGUAGUCUACUGAAAAAUAAUACUACAAUUUCAGACUUGUUCAAACUCAUUAUGGGUUUAGAUAUAUUGAAAGGAGUUAAUCUUACUAUGGAACAAGCACGAAAUAAGCUGGAAAGUCUUGUCUAUGAACUCAAGGAAUCUUGCUUGUUGCUUGAUGAUUCAACUAGUGAAGAGUUUUCCAUGCAUGAUGUUGUUCGUUCAAUUGCCAUAACAAUUGCAUAUAAAGAUCAUCAUGUAUUUACGGAGCGAAAUGACAUGGUGAUGGAAUGGUCAGAUAAAGAGCAAUUGAAAAAAUGCACUAAAAUCUCACUAGCUGAUUGUAAUAUGAUUAGUGAGACUUGGCCUCAAGGUUUGGAUUGUCCAAAACUUGAAUUUUUCAGUACAAGGAUGAAUGGUUCUUUUGAAAUCCCUGAAGAUUUUUUUGUGAGGAUGGGAAACCUCAAGGUUCUAAGUUUCUUACACCUAGAUGAAUUGUCCUUGCCAACAUCUCUUGGUCUUCUCACAAAUCUUCAAACGUUAUGUUUGGAUUAUGGGACAUUUUCAGAUAUAACAAUCAUUGGAGAGUUGAGAAAACUAAAGAUUCUUAGCUUGCAAUGUUGUAAGAUUAAGCAGUUGCCUGAAGAAAUAAGUAAAUUGACUCAAUUGAGGUUAUUAGAUUUAAGUGGUUGUUGGAGACUAAAAGUUAUAGUAUCAAAUGUUAUAUCAAACUUAUUCCGAUUGGAAGAAUUGUAUAUGAGUGGAUGCUCUAUUUUGUGGAAUGUUGAAAUACUUGAGGAGUUGAAGCAUUUGUCUCAAUUGACAACUUUAGAGAUAUAUAUUUCAAAUGAUCAAAUUUUGCGAAAAGACUUCUUCCCCAAAAAUUUGGAGAGGUACAAAAUAUCAAUUGGAAAUGGGGCUACUAAUUUUGGUAGUUCUCGCAUACAUGGUGAUGAUUGGAAGUUCAUGCAUGUUGAAAGCUAUUUGUUAAAUAAGUUUGCUACUUUAAGAACGCUGAAAGUGAAUUUUAGUUCUAUCAUCUGGCAAGAGGAAUUGCAAUGCUUCUCGAAUGUUGAAUUCUUAUGCUUAGACAAAUUGCAAGGUAUCAAGAAUGACCUCUCUGAAUUAGACAAUAAGGGUUUUUCUGAAUUAAAAUAUCUCUAUGUCCAUAAUAAUCCUAACAUCGUGUGCAUUGUUGACUCAACAAAGUGCAUACCUCAUGAUGUCUUUCCCCUCCUGGAAUCUUUGAUUUUUUUCAACUUGAUUAACUUGGAAAAGAUAUGUUAUGGUCUACCCUCAACAAAGUCUUUCUACAACUUAAAAUUUAUAGAAAUGAAAAACUGUAAUAAGUUAGAAAAUAUCUUCUCAUUCUCCAAUGCUAGUAGAAGCCUUCCACAACUUCAAUUAAUUAAGGUGGAAGAUUGCAAGAAUUUGACUGAGAUUUUUGCUGUUGAAAGUAAAAAUAGAGUAGACAAAAAUGAGGUAAUUGAUAAUAUUGAAUUUUGUCAAUUACGCUCCUUGACUUUGAUUAAUCUUCCAAAGAUUGCAAGCUUCUACUCAAAUACAAAUAUAGUUUCAACAUCGCAAAAGACACAAAAAGAAUUGACAAUUAAUUUGGAGUUCAAUGAUAUCAAUUUGGAGGAUGAGAAAAUUGCUACUGUUGUUUUCCCUUGUUUGGAAGAAUUAAAGCUUGGAGCAAUUAAUUCUGAGAAAAUUUGGGAUAACAAACUUUCAACAACCUCUUGUUGCUAUCGGAAUUUGAAAAGAUUGAUUGUGGAUAGCUAUCAAAAACUAAAAUUUGUGUUUCCAUCAUCUAUAAUCAAAAGCUUUGAGCAACUUCAACACCAUGAGAUAAGUUGUUGUAAGGAAUUAAAUGAGAUUGUUGCCAAAGAAGAAACAGAGGGUACUACUACAUUUAUUUUUCCAAGGAUAGCUUUUUUGAAACUUAAAGAAUUGUCAGAGCUUACUACAUUCUCCCAUGGUAAACACAACUCAAAUUGGCCUAUGUUAAAGGAGUUGGAGGUGUAUGAUUGUAGUAGACUAGACAUAUUUACUUCAGAACAUAAGGUUGUUGUCCCCAAUUUGGAGGUCUUAGAACUGCGUUCAGUCAAUUCUGAAAUACUCUGGGAUAGUCAAUAUGUGGCAAUUUCUUCUUGCUAUCAACACUUGACAAACUUGAUCCUGAAUGGUUGUGAAAAACUAAAAUAUGUAUUUUUACCAUCCAUGGUGAAAAGUUUUGAGCGGCUUGAACACAUUGAGAUAUGCAAUUGUAGUGUGUUGAAGGAGAUUAUUUCAAAAGAAAUGGAAGCAAACAAGACAUUUGUAUUUCCACGAGAAACCUUCCUAAAACUGGAAAAUUUGCCCGAAUUUGCAACUUUCUAUCCUGGAGUAUACACUUCUGAAUGGCCAGUGUUAAAGAAGUUGGAGAAGCUAGCCAACGGCUUCUGCCAAGGCAGAAGCCGUUCUGCCUGGGCUUCUGCCUGGGAGAAGCUUGCUUCUGCCAGGCAGAAGCAGCUUCUCCCACCAGGCAGAAGCAGCUUCUACCAUUUGGCAGAAUUUGCUUCUGCAUUUGGCAGAAGAAAAAAUUAA